UAGCCAGAGCCAGCUGCUCGACUCCCUAACUAAAAAGCAGAAGAAGCAUCUAAGGGAUUUCGGCGAGGAGCAUCCCUUCUAUGACAGGGUUUCCAGAAAGGAAGCAAAACCACAGACUUGUCAACUGGCCUGGGCUGUGGAGACAGGGGAAGUACCAGGAAGGGGUGGACGACCCCGACCCAGCUAAAUGGAAGGCCCAGCUCCGCUGUGCGCUCAACAAGAGCAGGGAAUUCAACCUGAUGUACGACGGCACCAAGGAGGUGCCCAUGAACCCAGUGAAGAUAUAUCAAGUGUGUGACAUCCCCCAGCCCCAGGGCUCUAUCAUUAACCCAGGAUCCACUGGAUCUGCUCCUUGGGAUGAGAAAGAUAAUGAUGUGGAUGAAGAAGAUGAGGAAGAUGAGCUGGACCAGUCACAGCACCACGUUCCCAUCCAGGACACCUUCCCCUUCCUGAACAUCAGUGCCUAUACUUUCAAACAGGCUCCGGGCCAGCCAGUUUCCGGCUUAAGCAAGGAGAAUGUUCCAGUGGUAACCAACAAGGAGAACCUGGCGACGCCGGUCUCGACUCCAUUCCUGGAGCCGACCCUGGGGAGCGACGGCUCUGCGGUCACUUUCGGGAAAACCCAAGAGGAUCCCAAACCAUUUUGCGUGGGCAGUGCCCCACCGAGUGUGGACGUCACCCCCACCUAUACCAAAGACGGAGCUGACGAGGCAGGAUCAACCGAUGGCAAAGUUCUGAAACCGAAGCCAUCUAAGCUGGCAAAGAGAAUCGCAAACUCCGCUGGUUACGUGGGUGACCGGUUCAAGCGUGUCGCUACCGGACUGUACGCAGACUCCAGUCAGCUCGGCCGGGACCAGGGGGCAUUGCAGUGAUGCGCUUCUCAGAGUUGGAGAUGAAAGAGCGAGAAGGUGGCCACCCCACGACCAAAGACUCCAAGGUGUGCAAAUUCAGCCCCGC